UUGUGUGUGUGUGUGUAUAAAUGGGUAUUUCUUUUUUUAAAAAUUUUGUCUGUUUUUGUGGAUGGGGACUGCCUCUGCUGAUUGGGGAAUUAUAUAGCUGUAGUGUAACUUAUGUGGCGAGCAGACGAGCGCAUGGAGAUUCUCAUGUCCUGUGAUUGAUGAUUGAGAGCUUCUGGUGGGUUGGCAGUCCUGGGUUGCUUGCCGUGCACUGGAAAGCUGUGUUGGGUUUGCUGUAGGAGUUCUUCGUCUUCCUCCUCUUCUGCGCUUUUCCAGUCUUUGAGUGGAUCCUCGAGGUGGCGACAGCAUUGCCUUCCGUUCCUGUCGGAAUUAUUCGGCACCUUGCUGGUCCACUUGGGAAACUGCGAGUUGAAAGGCUUCAUGCCCCGUGUAGUCGUGUCGGAAGUCACAUAUCUGGCAUUGGGGUUGGACUUGUUUAUCGAGUGUUGUAGUGGAUUCAGUGUAGAGGCAUUGGUUUGUGGAUGUAACUGGAGCCUAUAUCAGUGUUUGAUGUUUCUUGGGCGAGUUUCUUUUCUUUUAAACCACUUUUUCUCAAGAAUUCGUGGAUUAGGGUAGAAGGUGCUUUGUUUUUGAAAGCACAUGAGAGUGUUGUUUAUUCUGUAGAGUUUGUGGCGGUGGGCGAAACACAUUUGCAGGUGAGGCAGAGAGGCGAGGGUAGUGUUUAGUGGAGUGGGUUUUUCAUCAUGGGUAUGAAGGCCGUGAUGGUGGAGGAGCCGCCGCAGCCUUUGGUUAUAUGUGGGCCCUCGGGAGUGGGCAAGGGCACGCUCAUUGGGAAGUUGAUGGAGGACUUCCCUGAGAAGUUCGGUUUCUCCGUGAGUCACACCACGCGCAACCCCCGGAUAAGGGAGAUUGAUGGAGUGCACUACCACUUUGCCUCUCGCGGCGUCAUGGCGCAAGAAAUUAAGGAGGGCAUGUUUCUUGAGUCCGCUGAGGUCCAUGGCAACUUGUACGGGACUAGCUGGGCUGCCGUGGAAGCUGUGGCAGACGCCGGCAAGACCUGUAUUUUGGAUAUCGAUGUCCAAGGGGCUCAAGAAGUGAAGAAGAGUGCUUUGAAGGCAAUAUAUAUUUUCAUCAAGCCUCCAGCUCCCGAAGAGGAAGUGCUGGAGGGGCGUCUUCGAGGAAGAGGCACGGAAACAGAGGAACAAAUCCAAAAGCGUUUGAGAGGUGCCAAGCAAGAGCUUGAGCGUGCCAAAGAUCCCGCUUUGUUCGACUACAUUCUUGUGAACUGUAACUUGAAUGAAGCGUACGAAGAUCUGAAGGCUAUCCUAGGUCUCGGUCGUCCAGCCACUUCUGCCCAUUCCAAUGGCACUGCCAAACAUCUGAAUGGAUUGAAGGUUUCAUCAAGUGGUUACUCUGCAUCAGAAAAUGGAUCAUCCACCAGUGCUCAUGAGUCGGUUUCUGGGUCUCCCAAGACGAAUGGGUUCCUCAUGAAUGGUUCUCAUUUUUCAAAACCGAGCAAUAUGAUGAAAUCUGCCAACUUUAGUCAUGCACUACCAAUCCUCACAUCAUCAGAUCAUUUGGUCAUUAUGCAUUCGGCAACAGGAUCACCAAGGGCGAAAGGAAUUUCGGCAUCAUAACCCUGCUGGUGACUUUCCUAGACUGUAGUAGGGAAGCCAAAAAAAUUCAGCUACUGUAGUACCUAAUUCAUCAAUUACCGUGCUUCUCAUAGAGCGGACAAUUCAAGUUGGAGAUGGGUUCAUGUGCAAUCUUCACCUUUUUACUACCAUUUCAAAUAAUGAGAAGAAAGCAUCUAGUUUCCAGUUAAUUUUGCCCCCAGUUGUAGUUGCUAGUCGGGAGGUAAUAGCCCGAACCUUCUUCAUCGUCGGAAUCUCCCAGUUUGGACACCAUAAUUUGAAACGGUGUCCAUGUAUGUUGGAGGGCGUAGCCUCUGUCUCUGUCAGAAUCGCCUACAACCGAUCUCUCUGACAACAGUUACCCUGUUACGUUGAAUAGCAGAGUUCUGUGCCCGAGAGUGGAGACUGCUUGGCAUGCACGCGGUAACUACUAAUCAACGCAGGUAUAGAUCCCUUGAUGUUAGAAGAGAGUGGAGAACAGUUCAAGACACUCUGGCCACUCUGAAUUUCCUUUGAUUAAAACGCAAGCCGAGAUGAUGCCAGGCCUUAUAACUUAAUCCGUUUUGUCUA